AUGAGGUGGAGAGUUGGUAACGGUGAAAAUAUAAAAAUUUGGUCUGACCAAUGGAUCCCAGGAACUCAAUCCUUGAAGGUUAUUUCCCCUCGUGGGAAUUCGGACCCUGAGAUGAAGGUGUGUGAUUUGAUAGAUGAAGAGAAUGCUUGUUGGAAGGUGGAUUUGCUAACUCAACUAUUUCCGCCUUUUGAGGUUGACAGAGUUAUAAAUAUUCCUAUCAGUUCUCGGUUACCUAGUGAUUCUUUGUGUUGGGAUUUAGAGAAAAAAGGAGAUUUCUCAGUUAAGUCUGCAUAUUGGGCAAUUUGGGGAGCAAGAAAUUCUCGUGUGAUGGAGGGGGAAGUAAGGAGUGCUGUUGAGGUGGUGAAAUAUGCCCAAAAAACUAUUGGAGAAGUUUCUGAUGCUCGUGAUAAGAAGGCUGAGGGGUGGAGUGUGGCAGCAGGUGGGGGUGAGCUGCCUGUUGUGUGGUCGAAGCCUGCUGUUGGUUUCUUGAAGGUGAAUGUGGAUAAUGGGUUUGUGGGGGAGCUGGCAUGUGGAUUGGGGGCUGUGGUGCGUGAUGAGGUUGGCAUUGUUGUGGCAGUAGGAGUUCAGCAGAUAAAGGCUUCUUGGGAGGUGCGUAUUGCUGAGGCUAAGGCAAUAGAAUGGGGCUUGCGUGUUGCGGCUGGUUUGGGUGUGCGUGACCUGGUUGUGGAGAGUGACUGCCUUCAGGUCAUCCAAGCAUUGAAGAACAAGACUGCAGAUUUGAGUGAACUUUCUCUCAUCAUUGAUGAUAUUCUUUUGCUUUGUAGUAGUUUCGAUAAUGUGAUUUGGUCUUAUGUUAAGCGAGGAGGGAACAAAGUAGCGCAUUUUUGGGCUCAUUUUCACCCUUGGGAGGUGGGUCAGAGAGUGUGGCAAGAUGUAAUCCCGACUAGCAUUGUUGAUGUAGCUUUGGCUGAUUUAUCUAAUUAA